AUGUCGACCGAGCUUUCAGUCGAGAGACAGGGGCCUCAAUUAGUGUGUGACCUCUGUCAUUCGCGCAAGGUCCGGUGCGAUAGGCGCGAUCCAUGUGGCAAUUGCCAGGAUGCAGGCAUCUCCUGUAAUCGUCGGCGGUCUGUGAAGCGCAAGUGUCUGAGCACUCGCCCUCAGGGUGGUCACUCCCGCAGCUCUUCCCGCAGUUCCCGACGAAGAGCAACACCUGAUCAUCGGUUUGAUGAAGGUAACUCGACAGAUGAAGUCUUACCAGUCCUCCGCUCUGUCCCAAGUCGUAACUUCAACGAUCCUCGUGGGUUUAAAACCGGGGUUCUAUAUGAUCCUGUCUAUGAUGCGCAAAUGACGAUUCAGCAUCAACUAUACCAUCUACCGGGUCUCACUAUAGACAGACGCAGUGUGCUCGAGACAGCCUUAUCUGUCAUAAGGAUAUUGGCUGACAAUUCGAGAGCACUGGUACAAGACAAUCUUAACGAUCAUCAAGAGGAAGUUUCCUCUCGAAGCCCGUCUAUUGAAUUCCUUACCUGGAUGUUGAAAGAUAUUCGGACUGACAGAUUUGGAACUUUCGUUGUGGAUUACUUUAGACAUAUCUCAAUCCCAAAACUGAAGCAGAUGGGACUUUCACUUCUUCGGAACAGCAUACCGACUCGCGAAUCUAUCAUCUACACUGUUUGCUUCAAUGCCGUUGCCUACAAGUUUAUUACUACGGUUAUAAAUCUAGAAGAAGACACCGACCUUGCUGUCGAGCUGAGGAAGAAUGCCACAGAGUAUCGAGCAGCAGCUCAGGCCGCGUUAAAGCAGAUCCCACUGCUAAUACCCCCAUCUCUUGGGCUAUUACAGGCUAUCAUAUGUGGUAUAUUUCUUCACCAAGGGUCUGGAGACGUCGAUUUAAGCGGGGAACUCACCAAGGCCGCCUGUAACACCUGCAUUGACUUGGAUCUUCAAACGAAAGUUCUAUGUGGAACUGCAAGCGAGGAAGAGCUUUUCUGUUUUCUUUGGUGCUACACUUUGGACAGAAACCAUGCGUUCAAAUCACGAACUUCGCGCUGUCUUCUCGAUGUUCAGCUUCCGUCCACUUUCAGCGAUCUUUAUCCAAAUUACCCUCCUAUGGCCGAACAUUUCUUGAUCUAUCUGGAUCUUGCUCGGGUGCAGGAUACAGUGGUUUCAUAUUUACCCGGUAGCUCAUUGAGUCACCACAAUCCCUCAUUACUAUAUGGUACUGGAGAAUACAUGCUGCUGCAGAUGCAAUAUAUCGAGCAAAGAAUGAGCCACAUGGCUUCGUUGUCAUCUGAGUGGAAAGGACUCGAUUCCCAGACCGAAAUGGCCGCCCUCAAGUUCGCCUAUCAAUCAGUCAUGACCGGAAUCCUAUACCUCCUCCAAUCCGACCCCGGCCAACCGACACGCUCAACAGAGAGCUACCUUCAGUCAGCGCGCCGGGAACUUUCAGCGCUUGUAUCCAUGUGUCACUCGGCGGAGAAGCAAACCGCAGUCAACUUUUUGAACUGGACGAUUCUGCUCUACCCAGCGACGGCAUACCUAGUCAUAUUCUGCAACGUCGUUGCGACAUCCGACAUUGGCGAUUUCAACCUCAUGAAAGCUAUCGCUGACUGCCUAACACAAACUGGAAUCAGCUACCCCCUUGUGCAAUUACGAACACUCUACCAGAAAUUUUUGGGCCUUUCUCAGGAGUUCUUCAACGAUGAGCGCAAUGCGAUUCAGAGGAUCGCUUCACCUCAAUUGGGAAGUCCACCGUCUAACCCGGUUGGGAACCCGUUCGCGAUUACGUGGGGUGCAGAUGAUUUGGUUUUCAACCAGUUCGUUUUUACUGGAGCAGAAAGCUUCUCUGGUAUGCUAAGUAUGCCAGAGAUUGAUCUAUCCCUGCCUUACAAUUUUGAUUGA